AUGCGGGAAACCAAAAUCACCACCAAGUAUGAGGAUGAGCAUGCAACCCGGCUGGAAGUGUUGAAAGAAGAUGCAAAAAGCUUGAUUGCUGCCACUUCCAUGGAAGAUCCUCGAGACCUGUUGAAGCUCAUUGACACCAUUCAGCGGUUAGGAGUUGCUUAUCACUUUGAGAAGGAGAUUAAGGAGGCUCUUCAUCUUGUUCAUGCUUAUAUUCCCACUGAUCUUUACCAUACAGCUUUGCAAUUUCGACUUCUACGUGAGAAUGGUUUUUCCAUCAGCUCAGACGUGUUCAACAAAUUCAUGGACAAAGAUGGGAAAUUCAUGGACAAUGUAAGAGAAGAUGUGACGGGGCUUUUGAGCUUGUUUGAGGCAGCACAUCUUGGGAUACCAGGAGAAGAUGUCUUAGAAGAAGCAAAGAGUUUUAGCAGAAAUCAUCUCAAUUUGUUAACAGGAAAGCUGGAGAGUAACAUAGCUGAGCAAGUCCAACAGUCCCUGGACGUUCCGCUGCAUCGGAGAAUGGCAAGGAGUGAAGCAAGGAACUUCAUUGAAGCCUACCAAAGGGAUAAGGCAAAGAGCUCUGUCUUGCUCGAGCUUGCUAAGUUGGAUUACAAUGUCUUGCAAUCAAUCUACCUAAAGGAGCUAAAGGAGCUAGCAGAGUGGUGGGAGGAUAUGAACUUCAAGGAGAAGCUACCUUUCGGCCGAGAUCGAUUGAUAGAAUGCUAUAUUUUGGCACUGGGAUCAAUCGCUAACCCCCAAUUCUCCCAAGGCAGGAAGAAUACUGCAAAAUUGUGUGCCGUGGCAACAUAUGUUGAUGACGUAUACGACAAUUAUGGAUCAAUUGAUGAGCUUGAAAAAUUCACUGAAGCAUUAGAUCGAUGGGAUAUUAAGACCAUGGAGGAACUCCCAGAGUACAUGAAAGUAUGCUACUUAGCCCUGUAUUACUCUGUCGAUGAAGUAGUCCAGGAUGCCUCUAAACAUCUUGACCUGGAAGUUCUACCUUACGUUAAGGACAAAUGGAUAGCUUAUUGUAGAGGAAUGCUGAAAGAAGCACAAUGGAAUCAGAGUGGAUACAUGCCGACUUUUGAUGAAUAUUUAAAAAAUGCAUGGAUCUCUAUUGGUGCUCCAGUACUCUUGACCAUUUCUUAUUUCGGCAUAAGCGAGUCCAUAACUGAAUAUAUCCCUCACUGCAUUGAGAAUUGGUCUACCUCUGAGUUAUUUUAUCGUCCCAGCCUUGUUUUUAGGCUUGUAGAUGAUUUAAUGACCUCCAAGGCCGAGAUGGAAAAAGGAGAGAUAGUGAAUUCAAUUCGGUGUUACAUGGUCCAACAUGAUGUGUCCGAGGAAGAAGCACAAGAUAACAUCGAAGGCCUCAUUAGCUACUCAUGGAAGAAGCUUAACGAGAUGGUUGUUCGCAAUUCUUAUCCUCUUCCAACGGUGAAACUAGCAAUGGACACGGCACGAUGCGUACAGCGAAUAUACAAGUAUGGUGACUUCUUUGGUACUCAAACCCAAGCCAAUAUAGAUUGUGUGCGUAAAUUACUGUUUGAGCCCAUCCCCAUGGAUUGAAAGAGCAAGCAAACGGUCGCAAAAAGAAUAAAGGAUCAUCAACAUUAGACUGGGAAAUUGAAGGUUCCAAGUUUAUUGUUGAUUUUAUAAAGUUUUAAUGAUGUGGUUCGUAG